CCUCUUUCCAAUCCACCCAUGCCAGCGAGCAAAAUAAAGCGCGCGGGCGAAAAAAGCACUUUUUGAAUCUCUCUUUCCACAUUCACGCAAAUCUCACCUUUGGGUUUUUUUUAGUACUUUAAAUUCACCUAAACAACUAAUUCUCUAAAAUGGGUCGCAUGUACACUUCCGGCAAGGGUAUCAGCAAGUCUGCUGCCCCCUACCGCCGCACCCCGGCGUCGUGGGUCAAGGCCACCCCCGAGGACGUCUGCGAGCAGAUCUGCAAGCUGGCGCGCAAGGGUACCACCCCCUCCCAGAUCGGUGUCAUUCUGCGUGACUCCCAGGGUGUCCCCCUCGUCAACGCCAUUACCGGUACCAAGGUUGUCCGCAUUCUGCGCGCCAACGGCCUUGCUCCCGAGAUCCCCGAGGACCUGUACUUCCUUAUCAAGAAGGCCGUCUCCGUCCGCAAGCACCUCGAGCGCAACCGCAAGGAUUUUGACGCCAAGUACCGCGUGAUUCUCAUUGAGGCCCGUAUCAGCCGUCUUGCCCGCUACUACAUUGCCUGCGGUCAGCUCCCUCCUAACUGGAAGUACGUUGCCAGCACCGCCUCCACCAUCGUCUCCUAAGCAGCUCACUCGUGCUGUUCUUAUUGGAAACGGCGAAUCAUUGGCACACUCUGCUCCUUCUAUUUUGUGUAUUUCUGUCCCAAGCUGUCCAAGAAAAAAGAUUUAUACAAUUGUUUGUGUGUUUUGUGGUUGUGUUUAUCAAAUAAAAUCAUCAUUUAAAAAGAA